UCAUCCUCAGUCUGGUUGCGAGCCCUCUUCUCUUUAAUUUAAUAAUUUAUUAUUACUCCUAAUGGCCUGUUCUUGUGGCUUUUAUGCUUGGUCCAUUCCUGCAGUUGGCCCAAACGAAUUCAGAGAAAUAGGCAAGACUAACUUCACCAGAAUUGUGCCUAUGCCUAAUACGCACAAAUGGAGUAUUGCCCACGAUCACACCUUGGUUUCUAUCUCCUUAAAGAAAGAUAACCAUUCACCUGAACUUGGCAGUUUUACUGAUGAGUUCUACAAUGAACAUGCACAAAAGUUAAAGGAAGUUAAGCAUGUAUUCAGCAAACUAGGAGAAGAUGCAAUGGAAAGCAUGAUGAUGAUUGAUGCCAUACAACGCCUAGGCAUUGAUCAUCACUUCGAAGAGGAGAUUGAAGCAGUUCUGCAGAAGCAGUAUAUGAAAUCUAGCAUUCAUGGUGAUUGUGAUGAGGAUCUUUAUGAGGUUACACUCUGCCCGCAGGUGUCGUUUGUUUCUGAAAGUGAAUUUACUGGUUAAUGUUCAUGGAUAGAUGUGUUGAAUAACUUCAAGAACAAGGAGGGGAAGUUUAAACAAAACCUACGCGAAGACAUCAGAGGAUUGAUGGGUUUGUAUGAAGCUUCUCAGCUAAGUAUAGGAGAAGAUAUACUUGAGGAAGCCGGAAAUUUCAGCAGUCUACUCCUUAAUGCAUGUUUGCAACAUCUUGAUCGUCAUCAAGCUGCAGUUGUUAAGAAUACAUUGGAGCAUCCCCACCACAAGAGCUUGGCACGGUUCAUGACCAAAAACUUCCUUACUGAUUUCCAGGGCACAAAUGGAUGGAUAAAUGCAUUUCAAGAAUUAGCAAAAAUAGAUUUCAAUACGGUUAAAUCCGUGCAUCAAAAGGAGAUGCUUCAAAUUUCCAAAUGGUGGAAGGACCUAGGUUUGACCGAGGAGUUGAAGUUUGCAAGAGAUCAACCACUGAAAUGGUACAUGUGGCCAAUGGCAAUCAUCCCAGAUCCAAGGUUGUCAGAGCAAAGGAUUGAGCUCACAAAACCUAUCUCUCUAAUCUACAUAAUAGAUGACAUUUUUGAUGUUGGUGGAACCCUUGAUGAACUCACUCUGUUCACAGAAGCUGUUAAUAGAUGGGAUUUGUCUGCUUUCAAAGAGCUUCCAGAGUACAUGAAGAUGUGUUUCAAGACUCUUGAUGACAUCACGAAUGAGAUCAGUACCAAGGUCCACAAGGAGCAUAAGUGGAACCCAGUAGGCUCUCUACGGAAGGCGUGGGCGAGUUUAUGCAACGCAUUUCUAGUAGAGGCAAAAUGGUUUGCUUCUGGGCAUGUGCCAAAGGCUGAGGAGUACUUGAAGAAUGGGGCCGUUAGUUCAGGGGUACAUGUGGUGCUAGUUCACUUGUUUUUUCUAUUGGGUCAUGGCAUAACCAAGGAAAAUGUAGAUCUUGUGGAUGACUUUCCAGGCAUUAUAUCUUCUACAGCAACAAUUCUUCGUCUUUGGGAUGACCUCGGAAGCGGCAAGGAUGAGAAUCAAGACGGGCAUGAUGGGUCCUAUGUAGAGUGCUACUUGAAGGAACACCGAGGCUCUUCAGUUGAAAAUGCAAGAUAAAUCGUAGCCCAUAUGAUUUCAGAUAUGUGGAAGCGCCUCAACAAGGAAUGCCUCUCUCCAAAUCCAAUUUCAACUUCUUUUACAAAAGGCUCCCUCAAUAUUGCAAGAAUGGUCCCUUUGAUGUAUAGUUAUGAUGACCAACAGUGCCUUCCUGGCCUUGAGGAGCAUAUGAAGUCCUUGCUCCUUGAGAAUCUACCAUACAGAAACACUCAAAAAAUAAAUGAGUGAAAUUUUUGCCUCAGCCUAUUGGAGAUACGCUUUGAUGUAGUGAAAUUUACACUCUUCCUACAAGAACAGCAUCCUCUUUUGCAUCCCAUUGGAGAUA